UUAAUAUAUAGCUAUUUUAAAUACUUUAAUUCUUUAGUAGAUUAAGUUUUAAUCGGCCCUAGUCUGUAAACAUCCAUAAAAUAAGAAGUAAUAAUGUCUAAAAAGAAAUUUAAAGCAAAAGUUUCAAAGGAAAUGAAGAUGUGUUACGGGACAAUCGCAAUACCCCCUAAGCCAGUUUUCAAGACCAGAGAAAUACCAAUUUUAAUUCUGAAAAAGCUGUGUGCUUUGAUGGACGAAUAUACUCCUACUGAAUCUAAUAUCAAAGGUGGACUGUUCUAUGGAGCAUCGGGUAUUGGUUAUACCCUUGUCCGAUGCGCUGAUUAUCCUUUGUUCGAACCAAUCAGAGAGCGUUUGUUACACAAGGCUAAAACAUAUGCCGACGCCAGCUAUGAGUACACCAUUUCCCAUGAACUACCGCAUAUAUCUCUUUUGUUAGGAAAAGCUGGAAUUUAUGCAGUUGAUGCUGUUGUUUACAAGUUGCUAGGUUUCCAUCCAAAAGCAAGAGAAUGUCUUCACCUAUUCCAUGCCCAAGGAGCACACUGCCUAGUCCCUGAUUAUUCAACUGAUGGUGGUGAAGACUUGUGGAACGGUCGUGCUGGAUACAUUACAGCCGCCUUAUUUUUAAAGAAGUAUUUUGAAGAAUAUUUCCCGACUAAAUAUUUUUAUCCAUAUCUUGAACCGAUGAUCAAAUCAUGCAAAGAAUAUGCCAAGAAAAUACACUCCACUGCACCUCUAGCGUACUCUUAUUACAAUACACAAUGCACAGGAUUGUUACACGGACUUGGUGGAAUACUUAUGAUCAUACUUUGUUUUCCUUCAUAUUUGGAUAAACACCCAGGCUUGGAUGAAGAAAUAAAACAAACAGUUGACUGCAUUUUACUCCGCCAAAAAAGUGAUGGUAAAUUCUUUCCUCUAAUGAACAGUGAUGUUGUGAUUCCAGGGGACGUAGUAAAAUGGAGAAGUGGAGCUUCUGGUCUUUUGCAUCUAAUGGCCAAGGCCUAUUUAAGGUGGAAGCAUUCAAGAUAUUUAUACAGCUGCAUGUUGAUUGGUGAUCUUAUUUGGAAUUAUGGACUUGAGUUUCUUCUCACUGAAGGUCGUAAUGGAAGUGGCCUUGGACUUGACCAUGGCUUAGUGGGGAACCUUUAUGGACUACUGAUUCUUUAUCGAUUGACAAAGUAUCCAAUUUAUCUUCAGCAAGCUCACUCAUGCUCAUUGGUAUUAAAGGAUGAAAAAUACUUUAAGGAUUUACUACACAGAGAUAAUGUUUAUUCUCUUUUCAAUGGAUUAUCUGGAAUCAUUACUUACCUUUUAGAUACCAUUAAUAUUGAGCACGCUGAAUUUCCAUGUGUGCAUGUAUUUGAAUUUUAUGAAGAAUAGUAAUGUUUUUAUCAAUGA